AUGGCGCCUUCAGGGUAUGCCAUCAAACUUCAACGUGGAAUUACUGGGGGUCCCCAACCACAAAACCCUUCCUUUAUUUGCACCUUGUACAAAGACCCAGAUGCAGACGAUUCUCAGGUCUAUGUCCAGCAAACUGAGCCUGCGACAACCGGUUCGCAGGAGUCCUCCAAAACCAUAAACGAGUCAGAUGUCAAUGUACUCGUGGAAGAACUGUAUAGUAUUCUGAAAAAAUUGCCGACGGAGGAACCACCAGGAUCGGAGGAUAUCUAUGGGCUCGAUACAAGUAUUAUGUGGGAGAGUGAUGACCUAAGGUGGUGGAAUGGAGGACCUUCCGGGUGCGAAGGAGGUGAGAGUUCUGUCCGGCCUACUGCAGAGCAGAAAACCAUGUUCAAGAGGGCCGUGGAUAUAGUGAUGUCAAUGCUAUAG